GACAAACGUGAUAAACAUUUAUACAACGGUAGCACGGUUGUGAAUCAGAAAACAGCUGCGAAAAAAUAUGACAAUUCAUUGAAUUAAAAAUUUUCACAAUUUUUCAACAGUGAUAAUAUUGCUUGAAUAUUGAGUUUUUGUGAGCCUAUAAAAGUAGAUUUCAUAAAUUCCAUAUCCAUUAUUAAGUAGUGUGGUUGUUGUAUCUAUCAAGUUUCCAGAGAAUAUUUGGAAAGCGAUCACACCAAAUGAAUGUCGAUGCUUUCCAGCAGUCACUAAAUCAAUCACUGCAAGCCCUUGCAUUAAAGUUAGAACUCUUUGUGGGCGUGGCAGUGCAGACAGUAGUUUCAAUACAGCACGAAUUCUCUGAAAAAACUAGCGAUUGGCGUAGUCCUAUAGAAUUUUCAGCGCUGCAGCUAACUCUGCUAAAAGUGUUGCUGGUGUUGUUACUGGGUACUGCAGGACUUAUCGCGUAUUCGUGGCGUGUUUACGGAAAAGUAAUAACUGAAAAAUUUGUUCGACCAAGCACACUCAAGGAAAUUGAGGAGCUUAAGUUAUCCGUCGCCAAAUUAAAAUUGCCUAAAGAGCAUUCACCUAGAAUAUAAAACUGCUCGAUUGACAGAAACGAAAAUGUCAAAAAUCAAAAAGUUUUUCUCUAGGAAAAAGGAGGAAGCAGCAUUUAAGCUAAAACUAGGUGGCGGAAUGGGACAAGGUCGAACAUUAAACGCAACAGCACCGCCUCCAAACAGUUCAAACUCUAAAUCUGGUACUGCUUAUGUGCCACCAAAACGACAAGAAAUGAGUUCGGAGGCACGUCAAGCAGCAUCAGCAGCAUUAGCUCGUAUAGAGAAGAGAGAGACGAAAGAUUUCAAUAUAUCCCUGGCAGCUAUCAAAGCUCAAGCGAAACGCGAGUUAGAAGCAGAACAGAAACUAAGGACAGAAGAGUUGAGCGUAUCUUCAGGGUCGUCAAGUACAACGACAAAAAGGAAUAUGGCCUGCGAAGGAGUGUUUUUUCGAUGCCCGUUGAUUAGUGACGAAAUAUUACCCAGGAAGGAGUGGAAAAUUAAAAUAAAAGAGUUUCUUUAUCAACAAUUGGAAUCAGAACGAGCAUUGACUGCAUGCUUGAUAAUAUGUAAUUGUAACACACGUGAAAAGGCUGAUGAUUGCAUACGAACAAUUUCAAAAUAUAUUGAGAACAUAUAUAACCAUCCCGAGGAAGAGAAAUACUAUAAAAUUAGAAUGUCCAAUAAAAUCUUUAGCGAGAAAGUUCGAUAUGUAGAGGGAGCUUUAGAUUUUCUGCUUGCAGCUGGUUUCCGUGAGAUUGAUAUCGAUGGUGAACCAUUUCUCGUUUGGUCUAAAGAAAACGUUGAAAAUAAUUAUGAUUUGCCAGUCUUGCUUGAUGCUUUGAAGAAUGCUGAAACUAUACAAUUGGAUUUAGACAGAAACAUUAGAGUUCUAAUGCCUUCUCAGGCUCGAAGUGCAGAGUUGCCUGAUGAUUUCUAUCGAAUAUCUCCAGAGGAAAUCAAACGUGAACAGCAGUUACGCAGUGAAGCUAUUAAAAAUGCGCAAGUAUUGCGGACAAAGGCAAUGCGAGAACGUGAGGAACAACGUAAUUUGCGUUUAUAUCGUUUCGCAUUGAUAAGAGUUAAAUUCCCAAAUGGUAUUUAUAUUCAGGGUACCUUUAAUGUAUACGAUAAAAUUAGAGAUAUUUAUGAAUUUGUGCAAUCGUGUCUUUUUGACGAAAAUUUGGAUUUUAAUUUAGUUGCUACUAAUGGUGUCCAAUUUACCGAUGAAGACAUGGAAAAGACUUUAUAUGACUUGCGACUCGUUCCAAAUAUGGUGCUGUUUUUUACGAUUCCUGGCGCAACCACCUCAUUGGCAGCUGAUACCAAUUUUUUGAAAGAAGAAUUCUUUAUGUUGGUUCAAAAGAUGUAAAAUCCAAUUUUUCUGAAUAUUAGGGCAACAUAUAAGUGUAAGCGGUCAUUAUAGAUUUCAAUUUUUAUUUAGUUGCUAUUUAGGUUAUUUUAUGUUUUUACAAAUUUAAAAAAUGUGUAUAUCUGUGAAGGCGUGAGAUAUUGUUCGAUAAGAAUUUUACGAGCGCAUUUUUCAGCACAUCACAGUUUCUUUUAUCACGAAAGGUUUUUAAAUGGCAAAUAUCCAACAAAUCACGACAUUGAAAGAAUUAACAUGAAAACUAUCACCACAUACAAAGUUUCGGUUAGUGUCGCCAAUUCAGACUUAAGAAACUCGUAGAAAUUUGAUUGAUUUAACUGAUAGUUUACUUGCAAAAUAUGAUUCCAACACUUAAUUCAGCGAACAAUAUUAAUAUUAAUAGGAAUCCGUUUUUUGAACAUUAACUUUGACCAUUGUGAAUUAUUAAAAUAUAUAUAUAUAUAUGGUUUGUAUUAGUGCACCUAAUAUUGUAUUUAUUUUUGUAUGCAAUUAUUCGUCAGGAUGCAUGAUGAUAUGAAUCAUCCAUUCUUGAAUCAAUAUAAAAGUCUCAUAUAGAUCAUAGAGAGAAAUGUAUACAAUAGAGUUGCCAUUAUCAAUAUUAGUUAUUUACAUAAACCUAGGUUAGUUGGCCAAAAUCACCUAUAUAUAUGUCAUAUCCAACAUUAAGUUUGCUGUGUGGAGGAUUUUAGGGCAUACAAGUUUUCGUUUUAUGUUGGGGUUGGCAUCCCUAUUGAGUAAUCAGCUGUUUAGCUGUCAAAACAAACCAAAUUGCUUUUAUUUUUGGGUUUGUAACAAAAUGGAUUCAAAAAUUAAAAUACUUAUAGUUGGUGAUGUACGCGGUCGAUUUCGGCAGUUUUUCCAACGCGUGGAAAGUAUAAACAAAAAAGCCGGCCCUUUCGAAAUCAUCUUUUGUGUUGGUGAUUUUUUUGGCACAGUAGAGCAAAAUGAUGAACUGAUUGCUUAUAAAAAUGGAAAUAAAUUGGUGCACGUACCUACGUAUAUUCUUGGGCCCUGCUCAAAGAAAACAGUACAGUUUUACAAUGACAUAGAAAAUGGUGAAAUAUGUGUUAAUUUGACAUACUUGGGUAAACGAGGAUUGUAUACUCUCACUUCGGGUGUUAGAGUAGCUUACUUAAGUGGGCUGGAAAAGGUUGAUGGCUACAUUCCCAGUGAAGAUGAAAAACAAAUUUUCUUUGACAAAGAUGACAUAGUAUCUAUUCGUAAUUCAUGUGUUGUAAGUAAAACGUCUGCCUCCGAUUAUAAAGGUGUCGAUAUUCUGCUCACUUCGCAAUGGCCAUAUGGCAUAUACGAAGAUAAUGAAAACUCUUCAAAGAUGAUUUCCUUUUUAUGUAAAGAAAUCAAGCCCCGCUACCAUUUUUGCGGCCUCAACAGCAAGUAUUACGAGCCAUCUCCUUUUAGAAUACCAUCCGAUCACCUAACUCAAUUGGAACUUUGUACUCGUUUUAUCUCUUUGGCGGAGGUCGGCAAUGUUGCUAAGGAAAAAUAUAUUUAUGCCUUAAGCUUAACGCCAGUGGAGAAAAUGCGUGUUUUGGAGUUGAUUCAAAAAACGACAAAUGAAACUAAAUGCCCGUUCAUUGGUAUGAAUUUCCACGAUAUCACAGGACAUGACAGGCAGUUAGAAUGUAAACAAUAUUUCUAUGACAUGAAUACGGGCGGAGAUGAUAUCCGUAAGCGCUCUGGUGGUAGCGGUCAUCGUCAUGAGAAACGCGCACGAAUUAUGAAUAUAGAUCAAGAAAAAUGUUGGUUCUGUUUAUCAUCAUCCGAUGUAGAAAAGCAUUUAGUUAUUUCAAUUGGAGAUAAUUUUUAUUUAGCUUUAGCUAAAGGACCAAUCAACGAAUUCCACGUUCUUAUUAUGUCCAUAACUCACAUUUCUUCAGCAUCGUUACUAUCUGAUGAGAAUUGGAAGGAAUUGUCAAAAUUCAAAAAUACGUUACGUGACUUCUUUCAAUCGUAUGGGCAAGUUGUUUGUUUCACCGAACGUCACUACAAGUCAUCGCAUUUACAAAUCAAUGCAUUAGGUAUUGAUGAAGGUUAUGCGUGGAAGAUCAAACAUGCGUUUGAGGAUAAAGCUGAGGAAUUCAAUUUACAACUCGAAACUCUAUCGGCCCUUACAUCAUCGCAAAUGCUACCGCAACAAGGGCCUUAUUUUGUAGCAGAACUGCCAGAUAAAAGCUCUUUGAUUACUCGACAAAUGAAACAUUUUCCACUCCAUUUUGCACGUGACGUCUUUUGCUCGGAGAAUUUACUUAAUUGUGAGGAAAAAGUAGAUUGGAAGGAUUGUAAAUUAAAUAAAGAUGAAGAAAUCGAAAUGGUAAACAAUUUUCGAAAAAAAUUUCAAAAGUACGAUUUUACCCUUUAAGUUUAUUUUACGCUGUUUUGAGGUAUAAUAUGAUUGACAAUUUCUAAUAAACUGAUAAAUUUUUUACGAA